AUGGAUUUUGAAAAAUAUGCAAGUGACUUUCUUAAUGGCACGUCUCUUCAAAACUGGUGCAUUUUAAAUUUCUUCGCUAUUUGGAAGGCUGUAUACAAUUCUCCUCCAAUAGCAAAAAAGAUAUUCUUGAUUGAUUCAAGCGAGUACUUGAGAAGACGAAUGAUUCCCCUAUCGUGUAUGCUGGCGCGAGGGCGAAAGCCACCAAAUUAUUCAAGAGCGCCGAAGAGAAUUUUCAAAGAAAAGAAGUUCUUGACUUUUUUUAUGAAAUUGACCGAAAGUGGGAAAUUAAACAUUGAUAUCGCAAAGGUUGCGAUUUCGAAGACUGCAACUAUAAAGCUAGUGGAUACAUUAGAAACUGAAUGCGGAGCAAAGACGAAAAGGCCUCAAGAUGAAGCCCAAACGGACAACCACCAGAUGGACAGCAACGAUGAGCGUGUCUAUAAGAGGGGCACAAUUGUAGAUGAGUUGGCGAAUCAGAUGAUGAAAGAUCAACAAAAAAAAAGUAGAACUGAAGUUGUUGAGGAAGAACAGAUUUCUAACAGUGCGGCUGAUAAUCUUUCAACAAAUGGAGUUGAAGAUGCAAAUGAUAUUCGAAUCCAAGGCAUUUUGAGCAAAGAAAUUCGGGUUGAUGAAAUGACCGUGGAAAUUGUAAAUAUUUUCAACAAUUUCAAGAGCAACAACCGCCAAGAUCUGCUAGCACACAAAGGAGUAAUGGACAUGACGCCAAAAAGUGUUUUUGUGAAACAAAUCCCCGACGAGCUUUACAAAAAAUAUCUUAUGUCGCUGGAAUCUUUUGAUCUUUUGAUUCCGGAAGAAACGCAUGAGUUUCUUGUUAGUUUCUUUGAACAAGAUUUGACAUGCCGACAGUGGUCAGAUGCCGUCGACGCUCUCGACAAUUUUCUGCAGGCUUUUUCAUUAGAAUACAUGAAUCCCUUACAGAACGCUAAAGCAUUGGAGGCGCCUCACUUGAACGAUUAUAUUCAUCCCUGCUUCAAGGCCGCCCUUUGGCAAUGUGCAAACGUCUACUAUGAAUUUGGUGAAAUCCCUUCCGUUCAUCAUGUCGGACAACAGAAGGGAGAUGGAUCGGGUCUGACUGUCGAUGCGGACAAAUACGAAAUUGUCUAUGUUGAGGGCUCGCCCAGCCAAAGUCGAAGAUGA